AGAACAUGGCUACUGCAAUUCGGGAAGUUGGAGUUUGGAGACAGACCAGAACACUCCUGCAGAAGAAUUACCUCAUUAAAUGCAGGACUAAAAAGAGUAGCGUUCAGGAAAUUCUUUUUCCACUAUUUUUUUUAUUUUGGUUAAUAUUAAUAAGCAUGAUGCAUCCAAAUAAGAUAUAUGGAGAAGUGCCUGACAUGGAACUUAACCCCAUGGACAAAUCUAUCCUCUCUAACGUAGUUCUCGGAUUUACACCAGUGACUAAUAUUACAAGAGACAUCAUGCAGAAGGUUUCUACUGAUCACCUUCCUCACGUCAUAAUUACCGAAGAAUAUACAAGUGAAAAAGAAUUGCUAGCAUCCAGUCUUUCUAAGUCCAGCAACUUUGUAGGUGUGGUUUUCAAAGACUUCAUGUCCUACGAACUCCGUUUUUUUCCUGAUAUGAUUCCAGUGUCUUCUGUUUAUAUGGAUUCAAGAGCUGGCUGUUCAAAAUCUUGUGAGGCUGUUCAGUACUGGUCCUCAGGGUUCACAGUUUUACAGGCCUCGAUAGAUGCUGCCAUUAUACAGCUGAAGACCAAUGUUUCUUUUUGGAAGGAGCUGGAGCCAACUAAGGCUGUCCUUAUGGGAGAAACUACUGUUGUGGAAAUAGAUACCUUUCCCCGAGGAGUAAUUUUAAUAUACCUAGUUAUAGCAUUCUCACCUUUCGGAUACUUUUUGGCAAUUCAUAUCGUAGCAGAAAAAGAGAAGAAGUUAAAAGAGUUUUUAAAGAUAAUGGGACUGCAUGACACUGCCUUUUGGCUCUCCUGGGUCCUUCUGUAUACAAGUUUGAUUUUUCUCAUGUCCCUUCUCAUGGCAGUCAUUGCAACAGCUUCCUCUUUAUUUCCUCAGAGUAGCUGCUUUGUGAUAUUUCUACUUUUUUUCCUGUACGGCUUAUCAUCUGUAUUUUUUGCUUUAAUGCUGACGCCUCUUUUUAAAAAAUCAAAACAUGUGGGAAUAGUUGAAUUUUUAGUCACUGUGGCUUUUGGAUUUGUUGGCCUUUUGAUAGUCCUCGUGGAAAGUUUUCCCAAAUCUUUAGUGUGGCUUCUAAGUCCCUUCUGUCAGUGUACUUUUUUGAUUGGUAUUGCACAGGUCAUGCAUUUAGAAGAUUUUAAUGAAGGUGCUUUAUUUUCUAAUUUGACUGAAGGGCCAUAUCCUCUAAUUAUUACUAUUAUCAUGCUGGCCCUUAACAGCAUAUUCUAUGUCCUUCUGGCUGUCUAUCUUGAUCAAGUCAUUCCAGGAGAAUUUGGUUUACGGAGAUCAUCGUUUUAUUUUUUGAAGCCAUCAUAUUGGUCAAAGAGCAGAAGAAAUUAUAAGGAGUUAUCAGAGGGCAAUGUUAGUGGGAAUAUUAGUUUUAGUGAAAUUGUUGAGCCUGUUUCUUCAGAAUUUAUAGGAAAAGAAGCCAUAAGAAUCAGUGGUAUUCAGAAGACAUACAGAAAGAAAGGUGAAAAUGUGGAGGCUUUGAGAAGUUUAUCCUUUGACAUAUAUGAGGGUCAGAUUACUGCGUUACUUGGCCACAGUGGAACAGGAAAGAGUACAUUGAUGAAUAUUCUUUGUGGACUGUGCCCACCUUCGGAUGGGUUUGCAUCUGUAUAUGGACACAGAGUCUCAGAAAUAGAUGAAAUGUUUGAAGCAAGAAAAAUGAUUGGCAUUUGUCCACAGUUAGAUAUAUACUUUGAUGUUUUGACAGUAGAAGAAAAUUUAUCCAUUUUGGCUUCAAUCAAAGGAGUACCAGCCAAUAAUAUAAUACAAGAAGUGCAGAAGGUUUUACUGGAUUUAGACAUGCAGGCUAUCAAAGAUAAUCAGGCUAGAAAGUUAAGUGGUGGUCAGAAAAGAAAACUGUCUGUAGGAAUCGCUGUUCUUGGGAAUCCAAAGGUACUGUUGCUGGAUGAACCGACAGCUGGAAUGGACCCUUGUUCGCGUCAUAUUGUUUGGAAUCUUCUUAAAUACAGAAAAGCUAAUCGGGUGACAGUGUUUAGUACUCAUUUCAUGGAUGAAGCUGACAUUCUUGCUGAUAGGAAAGCUGUCAUAUCACAAGGAAUGUUAAAAUGCGUUGGUUCUUCAAUUUUUCUCAAAAGUAAAUGGGGGAUUGGCUACCGCCUGAGCAUGUAUAUUGACAGAUGCUGUGCCACGGAAUCUCUUUCUUCUCUGGUUAAACAACAUAUACCUGCAGCUACUUUAUUGCAACAGAGUGACCAGCAGCUUGUGUAUAGCUUGCCUUUCAAGGACAUGGACAAAUUUUCAGGUUUAUUUGCUGCUCUAGACACUCAUUCAGAUUUGGGUGUUAUUUCUUAUGGUGUUUCCAUGACGACUUUGGAAGAUGUAUUCUUAAAGCUAGAAGUUGAAGCGGAAAUUGACCAAGCAGAUUAUAGUGUAUUUACUCAGCGGCCACCAGAGGAAGAAUUGCAUUCAAAACCCUUUGAUGAAAUGGAGCAGAGCUUGCUUAUUCUUUCUGAAACCAAGGCUUCUCUGGUGAGCACCAUGAGUGUUUGGAAACAGCAGGUGUUUAAAAUUGCAAAGUUUCACUUCCUUACCUUGAAACGUGAAAGCAAAUCAGUGAGAUCAGUGUUGCUUCUGCUUUUAAUUUUUUUCGCAGUUCAGAUUUUUAUGUUUUUGGUGCAUCACUCUUUUAAAAAUGCUGUUGUUCCUGUCAAACUUGUUCCAGACUUAUACUUCCUAAAACCUGGAGAUAAACCUGAUAAAUACAGAACAAGUCUGCUUCUUCAAAAUUCUACCGACUCAGAUAUCAGUGAUCUUCUUAGGUUUUUCACCAACCAGAACAUAAUGGUGACAAUGUUUAAUGACAGUGACUACGUGUCUGCCGCUCCGCACAGCGCAGCUUUAAAUGUGAUGCAGUCAGAAAAGGACUAUGUUUUUACUGCUGUUUUCAACGGUACUAUGGUUUAUUCUUUACCUGUAUUGAUGAAUAUCAUUAGCAACUACUAUCUUUAUCAUUCAAAUGUGACUGAAAGCAUCCAGAUCUGGAAUACCCCAUUCGUUCAAGGAAUUACAGACAUAGUUUUUAAAAUUGAGCUGUAUUUUCAAGCAGCUUUACUUGGGGUUAUUGUUACCGCGAUGCCACCUUACUUUGCCAUGGAGAAUGCAGAGAAUCAUAAGAUCAAAGCUUACACUCAACUUAAACUUUCGGGCCUUCUGCCUUCUGCAUACUGGAUUGGACAGGCUCUUGUUGACGUCCCCUUAUUCUCUGUGGUUCUUACUUUGAUGUUAGGCAGUUUAUUUUCAUUUCAUCAUGGAUUAUAUUUUUAUGCUGUCAAGUUCCUUUCUGUGGUUUUUUGCCUUAUUGGUUAUGUCCCAUCAGUUAUUCUGUUUACCUAUAUUACUUCUUUCACUUUUAAAAAAAUUGUAAAUACCAAAGAAUUUUGGUCAUUUAUCUAUUCUGUGACAGCAUUGGCUUGCAUUGCAGUCACCGAAAUAACUUAUUUUAUGGGAUAUACAGUUACAGUUAUUCUUCAUUAUGCCUUGUGCAUAGCCAUUCCUAUCUAUCCGCUUCUGGGUUGCCUGAUUUGUUUCAUAAAGAUUUCUUGGAAGAAUAUGCAGAAAAAAGAGGACACCUACAACCCAUGGGAUCGUCUUUUGGUGGCUGUUAUAUCGCCUUACCUGCAGUGUGUGCUGUGGAUUUUCCUCUUACAGUACUACGAGAAAAAAUAUGGAGGCAGAUCAUUAAGAAAGGAUCCCUUUUUCAGGACCCUUACAACAAAGUCCAAAAGUAGGAAGUUUCCGGAACCACCAAACAAUGAGGAUGAAGAUGAAGAUGUCAGAGCUGAAAGGGUGAAGGUCAAAGAAUUGCUGAGCUGCCAGCACCACGAGGAGAAGCCAGCCAUUAUGGUCAACAAUUUGCAUAAAGAAUAUGAAGACAAGAAAGAUUUUCUUCCUACAAGAAAAAUAAAGAAAGUGGCAAAUAAAUAUGUCUCCUUCUGUGUGAAAAAAGGAGAGAUCUUGGGACUAUUGGGUCCAAAUGGUGCAGGCAAAAGUACGAUUAUUAAUAUUCUGGUUGGUGAUAUAGAGCCAACUUCAGGCCAGGUAUUUCUAAGAGACUAUUCUUCAGACCCAGCUGGAGAUGACGAUUCCGUAAAGUGUAUGGGCUACUGUCCUCAGAUAAACCCACUGUGGCCAGAGAUUACAUUACAGGAACAUUUUGAAAUUUAUGGAGCUGUGAAAGGAAUGAGUGCCAGUGACAUGAAAGAGGUCAUAAUUCGAAUAACAAAUGCACUUGAUUUAAAAGAACAUCUGCAGAAAACAGUAAAGAAACUACCUGCAGGAAUCAAGCGAAAGCUGUGUUUUGCUCUGAGUAUGCUGGGGAACCCUCCCGUUACUCUGCUAGACGAGCCAUCCACAGGUAUGGACCCUAAAGCCAAACAGCACAUGUGGAGAGCAAUUAGAGCUGCGUUUAACAACAAAACGCGGGCAGCUAUCCUGGCCACUCACUGCAUGGAGGAGGUGGAGGCUGUCUGUGACCGAGUGGCUAUCCUGGUGUCUGGGCAGCUAAGAUGUAUUGGGACAGUCCAACAUCUAAAGAGUAAAUUUGGAAAAGGAUACUUUUUGGAAAUCAAAUUAAAGGACUGGAUAGACAACCUAGAAGUAGACCGUCUUCAAAGAGAAAUUCAGCAUAUUUUCCCAAAUGCAAGCCGUCAGGAAAGUUUUUCUUCUAUUUUGGCUUAUAAAAUUCCUAAGGAGAAUGUUCAGUCCCUUUCACAAUCUUUUUCUAAGCUGGAAGAAGCGAAACGUACUUUUGCCAUUGAAGAAUACAGCUUUUCUCAGGCGACAUUGGAACAGGUUUUUGUAGAACUCACUAAAGAACAAGAGGAAGAGGAUAACACUUGUGGUGCUUCGAACAGCACACUCUGGUGGGAAAGGACACAGGAAGACAGAGUCGUAUUUUGAAUUCGUGCUGCUCAGUCUGCUUACUGCAUUUCUUUCUUUUUCGCUUUAUUUUAACUUUGGUUUAAACGUUUAUUGCUUGAACGGUAAUUGGAGAACCAUGAAAGCACGUGGGAUUUUCCUGACUUCGUUCAUUGAAAUGCUGUUGGUUGUGUGUUUUGCUUUUCUUCAAAUGAAACUUGUGUAUAGUGCAUUGAAACUGCGCGUUUGUAUCUGAAGUAUACUGCACUGUAGUCUGUACGUGAAGUUGAACAUGUACUUUUUCACUUUUCAGAAACAGUGCUUGUGAUUUUUAUGGUUUGAAGAAAUAGUGAUAGAAUCAUCUUAUUCUGAACAGUUAUCUUUUAAGUUUAUACCAUCUCGUUACGUAAGUAUGUAAUACCCCAAUCUAAAUUAAAAAACGAAUACCUAAAUAACAUAUAGAACAGAGACAUAAAGCAAAAGUUUGCUUCUCCUUUUUAAUUUCUAAAAGAACUGGAUGGAAGUUGGCAUCCUAAAAACCUGAACACUGGACAGUCUCAGUGCACGUAGAGGUCUGCAGGAAGUGACAUUCACUGGGUGGCACUCAUCAGCCAGAAUAACUGAAA